CAUACACUCAACACUGUACUCCUAUCAGAUCACUCACAGCUGCAGGAAGCAAAUGAACGGAUUGCCUUUUGCUAUAUAAGUACUGAAAGAUCCCCACCCAUGUGUGAAGAUAAAGGCAAAACAAUGAAGAAAUGCACGACUGAGGAGCUCCCAAGGCUAUGGAGGAUGCUAGCGGUGAUGCUGCUUCUUCUGUCUUGUAGUCCUCUUCUUAUGGCUGAUGAGCCUAACUGCCAAGGAGCCUUUGACCUGUACUUUGUGCUGGACAAAGCAGGGAGUGUAGCAAAUAACUGGAUAGAGAUCUAUCAAUUUGUGGCCAAUCUAACCCAGAGAUUUGUGAGUCCAAGACUGAGAGUGUCCUUCAUUGUAUUCUCAACUCAAGCAACUACCAUUAUGCCUUUAACAGGUGACAGGACCCUAAUCGCAAAGGGACUUCAAGAUUUGAAUAAAGUAAAACCAGCAGGUGAAACAUACAUGCAUGAAGGCUUUAUGCUAGCGAAUGAACAGAUUAGGAAUGCGGGAGGAAAAAGUACAGCCACCAUAAUAAUUGCCCUGACGGAUGGUAAGCUCGCUGACCAGAUCCCUGUUCUGACUGUGAAGCAGGCUGACAAAGCCCGAGCAAUGGGAGCAAGAGUCUACUGCGUAGGAGUUCUUGAUUUCGUCUAUGAUCAGCUGGUAAAAAUUGCUGACUCCGUCGAACAGGUGUUUGCUGUUGGUGGUGGAUUUAAAGCUUUAGGAGGGAUCAUUAAUUCGAUAUUAAAGAAGUCAUGCUCAGAAAUUUUGUAUGUGCAUCCAUCAUCUGUGUGUGUUGGUGAGACAUUUCAAGUGGUCUUAAGAGGGAAUGGAUUUUCGUUUGGCCGGACUUCCGAUAAUGUCAUGUGCGCAUACCACGUGAACAAGACAACAAAACAUGAAAAACCACUAACAGUGGAAGACCACUAUAUGCUUUGCCCAGUUACAGUACUUGAGGAGGUUGGACAAACUAUGGAAGUUUGGGUGAGCGUGAACAAUGGAAAUACUGCUUUAACUAACCCUCAGACAAUCACAGCUACAAGUUGUGCCAGUGGAUUGGCUGCUGUUAUUGCAAUACUUAUCAUAUUGCUCCUUAUUGCGCUUGCCUUAUUUUGGUGGUUUUGGCCUCUUUGCUGCAAAGUGGUUAUCAAAGAUCCUCCCCCUCCUCCACCACCAGCACCAGUUGAAGAGGAACCAGAGUCACCUACACCUAAUAAGAAAUGGCCCACAGUUGAUGCUAGCUAUUAUGGUGGCCGGGGUGUUGGAGGCAUUAAGAGAAUGGAGGUGCGUUGGGGAGAUAAAGGCUCUACUGAGGAGGGUGCAAGGUUAGAGAUGGCCAAAAAUGCUGUUGUAACAAUGCCAGAGGAAGAGGAAAUGCCUAUGCAACCGAAAUCUCAGAAACCUAAACAUAGCUCAUCAGCAUAUCAAACAAAAUGGUAUACUCCAAUUAAGGGUCGACUUGAUGCACUUUGGGCCCUGUUACGAAGGCAGUAUGAUCGUGUUUCUUUGAUGCGACCUCAGCAAGGAGAUGAGGGUCGAUGCAUGAACUUUUCCAGAGUGCCAUCCAAUUAAAAGAAGAUACAACUAUUUUUUAGUCAAGAUAACACUUAAAAAUGCCUUUGACAUCAUAUGAAUGUUUUGUUCAAACCUCGCAAUCUUGUCCACAAUAAUUGAUUGGCAACAGCAAUGUUUGCUGCCACCCACUGCAUUUUCUAAGCAUAACCAUUACAGACUUUACAGAAAAAUAUU